UCCUGGACUGGACAAUGCUCUGGAGAAGCGACCUUCCUGGGAAACUUGACCAAGGCGAGGUUUACUAAAGAGCUUCACAAAGGCAUGAGCUUAUCCAAAAUUACAACCACUGUGGGCUUGAACAUUGGCACCAUAGAUGUGGGCAAAGCCAGGCUCAUGUUCUGGGAUCUCGGAGGGCAGGAGGAGCUUCAAUCUCUCUGGGACAAGUACUACGCCGAAUCGCACGGGGUCAUCUACGUGAUCGACUCCACCGAUGAGGAGAGGCUUUCGGAAUCUAAACGGGCUUUUGAGAAGAUGAUCACAAGCGAAGUAUUGGAAGGUGUUCCACUGCUGGUUCUAGCUAACAAACAGGAUGUAGAGGGCUGCCUGUCAAUCCCAGACAUCAAGACGGCGUUCAGCGACUGCAUCAGCAAGAUCGGCAAGAGGGAUUGCCUGACGCAAUCGUGCUCGGCUCUCACUGGCAAAGGGGUGAACGAAGGGAUCGAGUGGAUGGUGAAGUGCGUGGUGAGAAACAUCCAUCGACCACCGCGGCAGAAGGACAUCACGUAGAGGGCGGCGGCGGAACCGAGCUCCGGAUGCUUUCCGUUUUGAACAGCAUUGUCUCGCUCCGUCUGUUUCCUCUCUCUCUGUCUCUCUCUCUUGGAAUGAAGUCCCCAGGUACCCCGUCGUCUUUUGACGUCCUGCAAAGGAACUCCUCAACCGUGAAGGGUUUUGGCCGAAGCCUUGAUCUACUGAUUCCUUCUGCGCCCUGAGCGCUGUGGGGGCGAUCAUCGCCAUAAGUGCUCGAGGCGCAAGUUCCUUCAGCAUCUACCUAUGGGGCCGAACAUUGUUGAGUUGACUGAUCUAGUGGAAGCGGAUGCUUGAAAUACUCUGGGUGGCUCACAUUCCAGUUGUCAUUGGAAGAGUUGGUUUUCUCAAACUACAUUGUUCACCGUGGGUCCAGGGGGCAAUAGGAGGUGAUCGUUCCUUUGUAACAAAGAAAGUAUCUCACCAGCGGGACAUUUGGGACUGGCGGCCCCGUUUAUAUCUGCAUUGAUACAGUGCUAGAAUUGAUGUGAAGAUUUCCCGUCAGUUUUGGGACUUUGGGAUUUCCCGUCAGUUUUGGGAUGGUACGUCAGCUGAAAACUCUGCGGAUGAUCUUCGCCCGUGGUUGCCUCGGCCAGGCAGAGAAAACGAGCUGGGAACUUGAUUGUAAAACCGACAACGCUCUUUAUGUUUCCAGAUCUAGAGAUGCCGGAUGGGAAUUGCUAUCCAAUAAAGUUUCAUAUCCCUCUGUA